GAGAAACUUUUGCCGAGAGAGACUUGUUGUGCAGUGUACACCCUUGUCCACUGUGGUGUUUACAUUCACUAGCUGCUCAUUCGAUUCCUCGUCUCUCACGGUCUUAUUCUCCUCAGCUCAGUGGGCUGCGGCUAUUUAGUUGUGUGUUAACCUCUUCUCCACAAAGUUUUAAAUGUUCUUCUAAUCUCCCUACAGUGCUGUUCGUGCAUCGAGCUCUGCAGUCAUGAGGACUUGCAGCUGCAACGGACCUUUUUUCCACUGACUGCAGCGCCGUUCGAUAUUUUUCGCCCCCCUGUAUAUAUUGAGGCGCCACCAGCCGGAAUCUCGUUCACACCGUCACUCGACGUCGAGCGUUUUCAAACCAACCAAAAUCACCUUCCAUCCUCCCGAAAUGAUCAUUCCGGCUGAUCGUUCAUCGCUUCAUCUGGAUUACGACGGAGAUUCGUCAUUUGACAGCGAGGUAAUGUUUGCGGAUCAAACGAGAUCGUAUCCAGUGACCCAUCCGCCGGCGGAGGCUCCACUCUGCACGCAAUGUCAGCUGACGGAUGCUGCCUAUUUCGACCUGAGCUGCUUGAAAUGUCUGCAGGUGUUUGUCAAUCCGCAAACGAGCAUUUCGCAGAUAUUCGCCGUGAUGCGCCAGUGGAACCCUCACACUCAGCGAUCCAUCAAGUUUUGCAUUCAACAGGUGUUGGAGCGGAACGGCCAUGUCAAUGACCGUGACUCCUUAUCAGACAUGACGCUGCUCCAUUUCGCCUGUAAGGCCGGGGCCGCUGGUAUUGGAGAUCCCCAAGUGGCCGCUGAGGUGGUCCAAGAUUUGAUAUCCCGUGGGGCAGAUAUUUACGCCCGUUGCAGGUGGACCCAGAUGACGCCGUUGCAUUACGCUGCACUGUUCGACUCGGAGCCCAUCACCAAGAUUUUGCUCAACGCCAAUCAGGCGAUUGAUAUUGACAGUCCUUGUAACGAAUACGAGAACGGCUCCGCACUCCACAUCGCCGCUCAUAAUUUAGCCGUCAACAGCGCACUUGUCCUGGUUGAAUUUGGCGCCAAUACCAAGUUGAAGGAUAAUCUUGGACGCACUCCGUUAGAAUGUAUUCCGGAUGGAUCAAAGUACGAGCACAUUCCACACACGGAGCAGAUUAUCGGACAAUUGCAGGACAUUCUGUCUAGAGAAAGCAAGUCCGGCACCAAGUCGCCGGGCAGAAAUGGCUACAAGAAAGCAGCUGAGAGUGUGGCCGGAAGAGCUAUGCUUAAAACUAUGUGGCUUAACGUUGGCGAUCGAAUAUUGGUGGACAAAGCCAAAGGAGCUACGCUAAGAUAUUGCGGAACGGUGGACUUUGCUUCCGGAGUUUGGGUUGGUGUAGAGCUGGAUACGCCGGAAGGGAAAAACGACGGUAUUAUCCAGGACACAAUCUACUUCAAAUGUUCACCCAAUCACGGCCUGUUUGUACCUCUAAAUCGCGUUUCUAAAUACCCCAGUUCUUCCAGCGGAUACCAGUCAACCAUCACCCUAAAGGCAUCCAGCAUCCGCCAACUGAAUGUGUCAAAAAGUCCCACCAAUGUAACCAAGACGCCCGUCAAGGUGGAAGAGAUCAACGUCGGCGACAAAGUGAUGGUGACGACUCUGAACGGAACUCGCCACCGUGGAGUCGUCCGAUUUCGCGGAGAGACCAAAUUUGCCAGCGGAUUGUGGUACGGUGUUGAGCUGGACAAGCCGGAAGGACGCAACAGCGGAUCAGUGCAAGGUGUCGGCUAUUUCAGCUGCCCAGAAAAGCACGGCGUCUUCGCUACUGGAAGCAAACUCCAAAAGAUACACGUCGAACCGGAACCGCCGCGCAGGGCGACGACACUUACCCGUCGUUCGAGUUUGAAUUUACCGGCCAAACCUGCACCCAGCUCCGCUCCGUCUACCAUGCGGCGCAGCCUGUCCACCCAGCACCGAGCCAAUGAAUCAUUAUUUUCCAAUUCCCCGUCAUCAGCUGGCCAGGGUCCGCGGUCGCUUGGUUCAAAAAUCGACAGCAACAAACCGGGAUGGCAGAGCAUAACGCUCAUCGAAACAAUCAAACCGACCAAGAAAAAGGCCAAUCAGCACUGGCUGGACCUGGGGAUGAAUGUCCUCUUUAACCACCAGGUGGGCGUUAUUAAAUACAUCGGUCGUGUGCAAUUCGCCGAAGGCAUCUGGUUGGGUCUUGAAAUGCGCGAUCACGUUGGUCGGCAUGAUGGCUGUGUCCAGGGCCAUCGCUAUUUUAACUGCAAAGCUAAUCGCGGGAUUAUGGUGAGACCGUCAUCAGUUACCGUCCGAGGGAUCAAUGGGGCUACGCUAAUCAAACCGGAAUAACAUAACAACCAAUAUGAGAUUUCUCUUGAUACUUGUUUUGACUUUUUAACAUUAUUUUAUUUGCUCUUCACUUUUUUCCAUUCGUUGAGACGUUUGUAACAAACAUAAUUUUAUUAUCCUCGUAAUUCAAAGCUUGUUGUGUCCUACGAAUAGAAAAUUGGACCGAU